AUGGCUCUGCAAAUCCUGUGUUGGGUUUCUGCAACAAGUAGGCCUUUUCCUCCAAAUGAUGGUGUUGGUGUUCAUCAAGAAGCCCCAGGCCAGAACCACGAGUCUUUACAAGUUACCUUACAAGAGGGUUUAAACACCAUCAAUGGAGUGACAAAGAUGGCUGCAAUAGCAAACUACAGAGGGAUCGGCAAAAUAGGAUCAAGCCCUCCCAGCUGUGACCACAAGUGUUAUGGAUGUACUCCAUGUGAAGCUAUUCAGGUGCCUACCACCACCAAAAAGCACAGCCAUUUGGGGGUUCAAUAUGCAAAUUAUGAGCCUGAGAGUUGGAAAUGCAAGUGUGGCCCUACAUUUUACAGCCCAUGA